AUGGGGGAGGCUUGGAAAAACGCCGCUGCUGCAGCUUCAGUGGCGGCUGCUGUAACGCUUUGGCAGGUGAGAUCGAGGGAGUGGUCGGAUGGUCACACCUUGUGUACCGCCGUGCAGCAACACGCACUUUUCACACCUUUGAGAUGCAGCGGCAUGUUUCGGCUGCGUCGGAUUCUUGCUGACGCCGAGAAUGGUGAAAUGGUCCAAGGACGAUUACUGCGGGAGCUUCUGCAUAGGCACCAGUCUACCGAGUAUGGCCGAAUGGAGGGAUUGCAGAAUGUGGCUGGUUGGGAUGCCUUUCGUCAGCACCAUCCUAUCACCAAUUACUCGCAUUACGAGCCUUACAUCGCGCGCAUUCAGGCCGGUGAGGCUAAUGUCCUGGCUGCAGGUCGACCGCAUCUGCUGGCCAUGACUUCUGCCACUGCUGGUGCUCCAAAGCUUCUACCUGACGUGCCGGACAUCGGCUGGACUUUCUACCGACGCGGUGGCAGUGUAGCUCUGGCUGUGAUUCACAAGAGCUUUCCAGAGGCGUCGGGGACGCUGCAACGGAACUUAAAGCUGGCAUUCAGAGCCAAUUUGCAGCAUCUGGACUCUGGUUUGGCUGUUGGCUGCAAACGGGCACCUGAUAGCAAGAACUUUGACCGACUGCUAUGCGCUUACUCGAGCCCUCGGGCGGCAUAUGACAUCUUAAACGAAGCGGAUGCCAUGUAUGCCCACGCCGUGUUUGCGCUGAAGGAUCGUAGCUUGGGCAUGUUGGAAGCGAACUUCGCCUCCAACAUUUGUGACUUCUUGGAUUUCAUCCAAGACCACGGCCCAAGCCUAGCUUGCGACAUCGAGGAAGGACGAAUCUGGAGCCACCAGCGGCCGGAAGAUCCGAUUGCUGGCUCGCAGGCAGAGGCCGCUUUGAAUGCUGCUGCUGGCGGCCCAGAUCCUGAUAGAGCGCAAGAAAUACGCGAAGGGCUUGGCGAGCUUGGUCAAGGCUUGUCUGCGCACCGUCUGUGGCCCCGAAUGAAGCUUGUGAUAACAGUCACCAGCGGCAACUUUGAAGCCACUGCGGUAAGACUGAGACGCCUGCUAGACGGAAUUCCGAUCUAUUCCCCGUUCUAUGCCUCUACAGAGGGGCUAUUGGGAGUAAACCUCUUUCCUUCGCAAAACAGAUUACCUGAAUACCUCUUGGAUGCUGGUAGUGUGGUCUUCGAGUUUCUGCAGAUGCCACCGGGCCGAUCCAGCGAAUCCAGCAGUACAAAGGGCUGCGCACUGCGGGCUUGGGAAGUGGAGGUGGGGCAAAGAUAUGAGAUACUGGUCACAACCCGCGGUGGCCUCUGCCGGUACAGGCUCGGCGAUGUGGUGAGGGUGGUCGGCAAGGUGGGUCAGAUGCCUUUGGUAUCACUGGAGGGCCGUGCUGACAAGUAUCUUCCCUUGCCUGAAGGUCAACUGCCGGACUAUGUCUUCGUGCGGGCGCUGGCGAACAGCGCUCUUGCAGACAAGGUGCGUGGAGCCGUGCUCCUGCAUCUCCCGGAGGACACAUCUUCGGAAAAGCCUUCGCUCCAGCUCUGUGUUGAAGUCGAUGCGGGCUGUGAAGUCUCGCGGGAAGAUGUCCUGGAUUGGGAUGCCGCUCUCUCCUCGGAAGCUGAAGCAUAUAGGGGCCUUCGUGAGCAGGGUGAUUUGGCAGUGCCCAUCUUGCACAUUGCGCCGAGAGGUAUGGCAUACCUGAGCUUCAACGAAAGCUUCAACACAAAUCUGAAGUUCACGACGGAUGGGACGGACGAGAGUGACGACAUGCUUAAGAAGGACCUACCUCUGCGAUAUACCUGGUCUAUCUGGGAGCAGAUCAUGCAGUCCACAGACAAGACCUCCGCAUAUUCCGACGCCACCCACAAGGUAGCCAGCUUUGCGACGGUCCAAACGUUCUGGAAGUUAUGGAAUCACAUGCCGCAACCGUCAGAGCUCUUGCAGCAGAAGCGCAUGGUGCGCGAGCAGCCAGACGGGCUGCAUGUCAUCGAUGCAGUGAUGAUUUUCAGAGAAAACAUUCGUCCUGAAUGGGAGGACAAGAUGAAUGCAGCCGGAGGGCACUUCCAGUUCCAACUGAAACCCGCGAUCGGUGGCGGGCAGGUGGACGAGUACUGGAACAACCUCGUACUCGGCAUGAUCGGGGCCACUAUAGAGCCUGCCAAUAUGAUUACAGGGCUCCGCCUGGUCGACAAGCUUUCCGGGCCGAGGGCUGCAGGUGUCAUUCGCCUCGAGGUGUGGUUCGCCAAUUAUGACGACACCCAGGCAGUGAAUGCGCUGAAGAAGAAUGUGGAGAAGUGCAUGGCAACACGGCUGGAUGGGAGCAUUGGCACCGCGCCCAAAUGCGAAGUGAAAUCUCACUCAACGUCCGGCAAGCACUGA